AUGGUCAUUGGUAUUUACGUCGGUGCUGCCACCGUCUUCGGCUACGUUUGGUGGUUCAUGUAUUACCCGGAAGGUCCCCAGAUCACCUUCUGGCAGCUGUCUCACUGGCACCACUGCUCUGCCCAGUUCCCGGAAAUUGGCUGCCAGAUGUUCAGCAACGACAUGGCCAAGUCCGCAUCGACCGUCUCUCUUUCCAUUCUUGUAGUGAUUGAGAUGCUGAACGCUAUGAACGCGCUGUCUUCCAGCGAAUCUCUCUUCACCUUCUUCCUCCACAACAACCCCAUGCUGAUCUAUGCCAUCACCCUCUCGAUGGCUCUGCACUUUGCUAUCCUCUACAUCCCCUUCUUGCAGACCCUGUUCUCCAUCCUGCCCCUGGGCUGGACUGAAUGGCAGGCCGUGCUGGUGAUUAGUGCCCCCGUGAUUUUGAUCGACGAGGUCCUCAAGUUCAUGGAGCGCCAACUGUACGACUCGAAGGUGGCUACUGUCGCCCCGAUUCAGAACGGUGCCGCUAGCAAGCCCAAGCGGGCUUAA